AUGAGCAAGCCCAACCAGCCUAUCCAAGCACAGGUGGAGGACAAUGCCCUGAAUGGCUCGCUCACGGACGGGAACUCGAGCAACACGGGCGGUGUUGACCCGAGCGACGGGCAGGUGAAGCGCCCUCUCCACAGUGGGAGCCCGACGGAGUCCACUGGUCACCACAACGACAGCGACGUCCAGAAGCGGCAGCCCAACAUCAUCUUCCGCUUCACCGAGUGGCUGAUCCCCUAUGGCGGUGUUGUCUCGAACUGCUUCAGCCUUGGCUCCGUCACGCUUGGCGGCGGCAUCAUCUCGAUGCCGUCGUCCUUCGCCAUGUCGGGCAUCAUCAUGUCUGUCAUUUACCUCGUGGUUGUUACCGCCGUGACGGUGUACACCAUGACGCUUCUCGGCUACGCGAUGAAGGCGACGGGGUGCGAAACGUUCGAGGAGCUCGCCCGCGUCCUGUUUGGCCGCGGCUGGGACUACUUCGUCGGGUUUGUUCUCUGGCUGUCGUGCUUUGGCACUGCCGUGGCCUACAUCAGCGCCGUCAGCAGCCUGAUCUCGCCGAUCCUCGAGAAGUCCCCUGGGACGCCGGCGUUUCUCCUGACCACUGCCGGCAACCGCUGCAUCACCAGCCUUAUCUGGCUCGUGCUCAUGGUGCCAGUCGUGAUUCCGAAGCGCGUGAACAGCAUCCGCUACGUCUCCGCCAUCGGCGUCAUCAUGGUGCUGUACUUUGUCGUCGUCAUUGUGGUGCACUCCAGCACGAACGGCAUGAGGGAAGGCAUGCGAGGCGACAUGAAGUACUUCACCACGGGCAACAAAGCGAUUUAUGGCUUGUCUAUCUUUGUUUUCUCUUUUCUGUGCCAGGCUGUGACUGGGUCAGUGUAUUUUGAGCAGCGCCCCCAGCCGUCUGUGCGCCAGCUGACGAUUGCGAGUGCGAUCGCGAUGACGGUGUGCAUGGUGCUGUACAUCUUCACUGGCGUCUUCGGGUACUUUGACUUUGGGGACGAUACGAAGGACUCUAUCCUGUACAACUUGGACCCCGUGCACAACCCGUACGUUAUGGUGGCGUACGUUGGCAUGCUCAUCAAGAUCUGCGCGGCCUUCGCGAUGAACAUGCUGCCGUGCCGAAACUUCACGUACCACUGUCUGGGCUGGGACCUCGAUACGGUGCCGUACUGGAAGCACACGAUCGUGAUUCUCAGCACGGCUGUGGUCACCCUCGUGUGCGGCCUGUUCAUCCCGAGCAUCAACACGGCACUCGGCUUGGUUGGGUCGCUGUGCGGCGGGUUCAUCGGCUUCAUCUUCCCUGCGUACUUUUGGAUGUACGCUGGCAACUGGAGCCUCAAGUCCGUGGGGAUCUGGCACUACCUCGGCACCUACUUCCUGCUGAUCUCCGGUGUCAUUGCGAUUGUCUUUGGCACCAUUUCCACUGUGUACUUCAGCUUCUUCGUCUAA